AUGCAUUCUGACAACAAUCUACCAACUGUUGAAUUUAUCGAUCCGAUAAUUUCCGCCGAGAUACUAGACAUAAUUGAAGAUCCUGAAUUGUAUUCACUUGUGAAUGAGUUUAUGAUUCAUGGUCCAUGUGGAGGUGAAAAUAUGAAUUGUCCAUGCAUGGUGGAUAAAAAGUGCUCUAAAAGCUUUCCAAAACAAUUAUGUAAUCAUUCGUCUUUUGAUCAAAAUGGUUUUCCGUUAUAUAAGCGAAGAAACAAUGGUCAUUUUGUAGAAAUAUUGGGUGUCAAGUUGGAUAACAGAAAUGUUGUUCCAUACAACAAAUAUCUAUUGAAAAGAUAUCAGGCACAUAUUAAUGUUGAAUGGUGUAAUCAGGGAUCUUCAAUAAAGUAUUUGCUUAAAUACACAAAUAAGGGUCCUGAUAGAGCGACAGUUGCUGUUGUACCAGCCAACAAUGAAUGUGAAAAUAACGAUGUUGUUGAUGAAAUAACUGAAUAUUACGAUUGUAGAUAUUUAUCAGCAUGUGAAGCAUCAUGUCGAAUUUUUAAAUAUGAUGUUCAGUGCAGAUAUCCUUCUGUGGUCAGACUACCUUUUCAUCUUCCAAAUCAACAACAGAUUGUAUAUGGCAAAGACGAUGAUAUUGACAAUGUUCUGGACAAACCUUCUGUUGCUGCUUCAAAGUUCACAUCUUGGAUGGAAUGUAAUGUAAUCGAUAGUGAAGCACGAAUACUUACAUAUGUUGAAUUUCCUAUAAAGUUUGUUUGGAUAUUAAAUGGUCGGUUUUGGAAGCGAAGGAAAGUAGGAAAAGCCAUUGGUAGAAUUCAUUCAGUUUCACCUAAUCCAGGGGAAGCAUAUUUCUUAAGGAUUCUUUUAAAUAAAGUAAAAGGUCCGACGUCAUUUGAUGAUAUUCGCACGGUAAAUGAAUUAUCACUCGGUGUAGAUGAACUUAAGAACUUAACUUUGUUCGAAAUAGAACAAAUUUUACUUCGAAACAACUCCACUCUCAAAAACUUCACAAAGAUGCCAUACCCAGAUGUUGAAUCUGUUUCUUCUUCAAACAAUCAACUUAUCACCAAGGAGCUAGAUUACGACAUUCCCGUUAUAAAGAUUAACUUUGAUCAUAUGUUUCUUGCAUUAACAAAUGAGCAACGUAACAUUUUCCUUAAAAUCAUGAGUGUUGUUAAAGAAAAUAAAGGAGAUGUCUUCUUCGUUUAUGGUUAUGGUGGAACGGAUAAAACUUUUUUAUGGAAGUCAAUAUCUACAGCAAUUAGAUCUGAUGGUAAUAUUGUUUUAAAUGUUGCUUCAAGCGGUAUUGCUUCCUUAUUAUUGCCCGGUGGUAAAACAGCACACUCUCGAUUUAUACUUCCAUUUGAACUUUCAUAG